AUGAAUACAAAAGAAGAGAAAAGCAUGAUAGAGGUUUUGUCGAAGGAUUGUAUUGCCAACAUAUUGUCACAUACAACUCCAAUUGAUUCGUGUAGGCUCUCCCUUAUUUCUAAGGACUUCUGCUCGGCCUCUGAAUCAGACAUUGUUUGGAAUAAAUUUCUCCCAUCUGAUUUGGUCUCAAUAAUUUCUGAUUGUCAAUUUGCAUUUGACACCUCUCUCUCUAAGAAGUCUCUAUAUCUCACUCUCUCUGAUCAUCCUAUAAUAAUUGACAGUGGUAAAAAGAGCUUUCAAUUAGAGAAACCUAGUGGUAAAAAGGUAUACAUGCUUAGUGCCAGAGAUCUCUCCAUUGCUUGGGGUGACACUCCUGACCAAUGUGAUUGGAUAAUUGUACCAAAAUCAAGAUUUCAAGAAGUUGCUAGGCUUCGUUGUAUGUGGUGGUUUGAAAUUCACGGUACAAUUAAUACACGUGUUUUGUCCGCAAACAGUCAAUAUGCCGCUUUUCUUGUGUUCAAGAUGAGAAAUGCUUUUCAUUUUGACGGUUUUCCUGUCGAGUUAACCGUGGGUAUACUAGGAAAUAAAAAAUGUACAAAAUUUGUUUGGUUAAAAGCAAGCUAUGAUGGUAUUGAACCAAAUGACUCGUUCCAAGGACUACAACGUCCAAAAUUGAGAAGUGAUGGAUUUUUGGAGAUCGAGAUGGGAGAGUUCUUCAAUUCAGGCUUAAAAGAUGAAGUCAUUCAAAUGAAUGUUCUUGAAAUAAGGGGUGGUCGUGUGAAUGGUGCUUUCAUUCUUGAAGGAAUAGAAAUAAGACCUAAGAAUUAG